AUGUCAGCCAUUGACAUCACAGCUCCUCCUCCACAUGCGACAAUUGAUAUGGAAAUACCAAUAAAGUCGUCAGCACCACCACCGCCGGAGUACAAGGCGGCCACAGGUGACGGUGGUAUCAAGGGCCAUGGCCACGGGGUGGUUGAAGGGAUUUUGAGGGCGUUGCUGUGUGUAACCAGUUUGGCUGGUGUCAUAGUUAUGGUCACUUCCAAACAAACCGAGCUGAUACCCAUUUCGCCCACCAUGGCUGUACCCUUGGAUGCAAAAUUCAAUCACUCCCCAUCUUACACAUACUAUGUAGCAGCACUUUCAGUAGCUUUCUUGUACAGCAUCGUUACUGGUGCCUCGUCGCUUUUAGCUCUCAUGAAGAUGACCGGAGGAAGCUCGGGAAAGCGGCAGUUUUACAUGGUGAUCAUGGAUUCUCUUUUGUUCGGGAUUGUAGCUUCAGCAGUAGGAGCAACAACAGGAGUAUCAUAUAUAGGACUCAAAGGGAACUCUCAUUCAAGAUGGCACGAGAUUUGCCAUGAGUAUGAUUCCUAUUGUCGUCACUUAAAAGGAUCUAUCGCUUUGUCACUCAUGUCCUCCAUAGAACUUCUGCUACUCGUUUGGCUCGCCGUUUAUGUACUAUCAAAGAAAAUCCGUGUAUCAUCAAAAUAUUAA